AUGUCGUCCUCCGGCCUGCUCUACGCAGACGACUCGUACGACGAGUCGUACUCGUGGAUGUACUUUGCCGAAGACCCCAUGCUUGCCUCCUUCUCUGCCUCGCAUAACGAGUCCAAGAAAAAGAAGAAGAAGAAGCGCCGGAAGCACAGCUCGUCCACUGCCGCCGCCGGCUCGUCGGACGCUGACUCUGCCGCAGGCGCAUCUUCGGUUGACGCGGCUGCCGUGGCUGCUGCGACCGGUGCGUCGCCGUCUUCGCAGCACUCGGUCCACAAGGUCACCACCGUAACCACCGUUACCGAGACCGUCGAGAGCCAUGCCGAGUCUGGAUCUCGCAAGCACCGCAAGAAGAAGAAGCACCGCGCUGAUCCGAAGCCGGAGGCCGAGCCGGUCGAUGACGUCCCGCGUGCCACGUCGCCCAAGCGCAUGCGCAAGCGCAAGAAGCGACCGGAGGAGAAGGCCACCGCUCUCGCUGCUACCGCUCUCGCUCCCGAGCCUGAGAAUGAGACUGAGGCUGAAGCCGAAGACUCGGCGCCAACCGCCGAUGCCGAGAGCUCGCGCAAGAAGAAGCGCAAGCACAAGUCCCGCAAGUCGUCCGCUGAAGACUCGUCAGUCAUCACCAGCACCACCACCAAGACCACCGAGGUGCUCACGACCUCAUCUGCCGCCGCCGCUGCCGCCGCCAAGCCCGAGACUUCCGAGCCCGAGUCCGAGUCCAAGAAGCGCCGCAAGAAGAAGAAGAAGCAUCGCCACGCCGAGCCGGAGCACGCUCCCGAGCCCACACCUGAGCCCGAGACUGCCGAGGCCGAGUCCGAGUCCAAGAAGCGCCGCAAGAAGAAGAAGCAUCGCCACGCCGAGCCCGAGCACGCUCCCGAGCCCACACCUGAGCCCGAGGCCGAGUCGGCAUCGACCAAGUCGCGCAAGAAGAAGCGCAAGCACCGCUCACACGCUGCUGCUGACGCCGACGCUGCUCCGUCACCGGCUUCAGAGAUGGUCGAGACCGUGACCACCACCGUGACCACCGAGGUUUUGAGCGACAGUGGCGACGGUGCGUCACCGGCGUCAUCCAAGAAGAAGAAGAAGAAGCGCCGCCAUCACCGCUCGGCCUCGGCCUCGGCUUCUGACGACGGCUCGACCAAGCGCCGCCGCCAUCACCGCCGCCACCGCUCGACGCCAUCCGACGACGCCGCGCCGUCGCCCGCUGCUUCGGCCUCGGCCACCAACGACGACCUCAGCUCGUCCAAGAAGAAGAAGAAGAAGAAGCGCCAUCACCGCAGCCACCGCUCCGGCGCAGGCGCCUCGUCCGUUGACGCUUCGGCCGAGUCGGAUGUUGAGUCGACGUCGUCGACCCGCCGCCGCCACCACCGCGGCCACCGCAAGCGCAAGGCUGCCGCCGCUGCUGCUGCUGCUGCUGCUGCCGAGGCUGCCAAGGCCCCGGCCUCGCCGGCCUCCUCAGCCUCAUCGCCGGGCAAGGUCACCAAGAAGACCGUUGAGACUAUCACCACCACCGUCAUCCAGACCGAGGAUGGUGCUUCUGUCUCGCGCCGCAAGCGCAAGAAGAAGUCAUCGGCCAAGGCUCCGUCGCCCAUUCCGGACAAUGCCUCUGCCGGCUCGCCCUCCUCUUCGCGCAAGCACAAGAAGCGCCGCCAUCGCUCCUCAAAGGCUGCAUAACUUGCCAACUUGUAAACGUGGACCACCUCGCA